AUGGCGAUCUCACUUAGAAGAGCACUACUUUCUUAUCGCCACAUCUCAUUUGCACUUCGAACCAGCUCUCUUCAAUCCCACCACUACCUUUCUUAUUUAAUUUCCACUUCUUAUAAUACCCGCCAAUCUGCCACAGUUAGCAGCUUUCUGAACGCUACGGCUAAGAAUUUUCUUCUGUUUGAAUCUCGAAGAGGCUUCGCCAAAGGACGGAAACAACCAAUCCAGGAGCAAUAUGAAGACGAGAAGGAGCUCGAGGAUGAUCAUGGGGACACAGAGAAAGAUGCAAACUUAGGGGCUAACGUUAAAGCGACUUCAAUCUCUCAAAUGGAGUUAGCUGUUGAUGCGCUGUCACGUGAAUUGGCUAAAUUGCGAACUGGAAGGGCGUCAGCAGGGAUGCUUGACCACAUUAUGGUCGAACAUUUUGGUGUUAAGACACCCCUUAACAGGAUGGCAGUUGUCUCGGUGUUAGACCCAAAAACCCUUUCAGUGACUCCCUACGACCCAAAUGCCCUAAAAGAGCUGGAGAAAGCCAUCAUUUCAUCUCCAUUGGGUUUAAAUCCUAAUUCAGACAGCCAACGAUUGGUUGUACCAAUACCUCCAAUGACCAAGGAGCACAUACAAGCUGUCUGUAGGGUGGUUGCCAAAUCUUCUGAAGAUGUUAAACAAAGUAUUAGAAGAGCCCGCCAGAAGGCAUUGGACACUAUAAAGAAAGCAGCGCCCAAAAAGAAGGACAAAGAUAAAGCAGGUUCUAGUAUUUCGGCAGAUGAUGCAAAAAGAUUGGAGAAAGAAAUUGACGACUUGACUAGAAAGUUCAUCAAGACAGCCGAAGAUAUGUGCAAGGCCAAGGAAAAGGAAAUUACUGUAGGAUGA